AGCAGUCACGAACACUUCCCGCUCAGGCGAAGCGGCAGCGCCCCCACGGCCCCCAACACCAAGCGUGGGGCGGGACGCACGCGCAGAAGCCGCCUCCUGACCGCGGCGCCUUCUGGGAGUUGUAGUGUGGGAGCCGAGGAAUCUCAUUUAUCUUAAAUAUGAGUUCCAACAGAGUCCAAAUGGCUUGAGUUGUUGGGAGUCAAUCAACUGCAGAGCUAGUCAAUCAACAGCUUUAUUUGACUUGUUGCUUAAAAGAAUAUUGGAGGACACUCUGGACCUGCUAUAGGAAGAAGCUAUUCCUCCUUUUAUGAUGGAUGAAAAAUGAAUACAGCUACAAGGGUUCCCAGUGCCGAUUCCGACACUGUGAAGAGGCCCUUGGCAGUGACACUGUGUGCUCAUUAUGGAGAAAGGGAAAAUGUUUAGAUCCACUUUGCAGAUUUAGACACAUGGAAAUGCAGCAAAACUGCAGCAUUUCAUGCUUCUGGGAAACUCAACCUCUUGGUUGUGUGAAGAUCAGUUGUAUCUUUUAUCACAGCAAACCUCGCAAUAUCAAUGGAUUAUUUUUGCCACCAAGUAGCAAUAUCACAUCACAGAAAGAAACUCAGGAAGGAAUUCCACCCCCGACCCAGAGUCAGGAACCCCUGAAACCUCCGGAGAAUAUAUCACGACCCAUUCACCAUCCUUUAGUUUUAAAAACUAACUUUGAGGAAGAAGAGGAGGAAGGAGAUGAACAAAAUGAUGCUUCUAGUUUAUGGACAAAGACUCCUGAAGAAAUUGAAGAAAAAAGAGCAAUAAAGGAGAUGUGUUAUAAAUCUGGUGAAUACUACAGAUUUCAUACUCCUCCAGAUAUUUCAUCAUCAAAAAGCAUAGCCUCUACAGCAGACAAAGAGUUAGAAAAGCCUUUGGAAAAUGGCAGUGAAUUGCAAGAAGGGGAUGGUCUUACAGUUCCAACAAAAUUUAGCCUAUUUGAAAGGCAAGGUGAGAUAAAAGCAUCAUUGGAUAGGAAACCAAGGACUGACAUUGCUGCUUUUGAAAAUGGAGGAGGUGACUGUUAUGUUCCACAGAGGAUCAUAUUUCUUGGAGUAGAUGAAAAUGAAGGUUUAACAGAAGAGAAGGAAAUCACCAUGUCAAAAUGUUCAAAUAGAAAAGACAAGGACAGUCCUCAUCCAAAGCGCUCCUUACCUACCCGACUAGUACCUACAACGCAUGUAUUAAAUGCUACUGAGAAUAUCAGUAUGAAGUGCAGAGAGGACCCCUCUUCAAUGAAUGAUGUCCAGCCAGUGAGGAAGCCUCACUUUAAAGGUGUGAAAAAAAGAAAAUGGAUUUAUGAUGAACCAAAGAAUUUUCCUGGCCCAGGAAUGCGGAGAGCAGUACAGGCCCCAAAUCCCAAAAAUAAAAUGAGUUACCAUCGCAAUAAUAAAAACAGAAAUGCUGAGAAUGCAUCCUAUAUCCACGUUCAGAGAGAUGCUAUCAGGACCGUCUCACUGAGUGCACCCCCCCGCAGCAGGCCCACAAAUGGGUCCUACAAUAAAGUCGAUGUUAACAAGGAACCCAAAUUCAGCCUCUGUCCAGAUAAAUAUAUGUCAACAUCAUAUAAUGGUUCAGCCUGGCGAAAAAGAAUUCCUUUUUCAAAAACAUAUUCAAAAACUGAAAAGAUAUAUACAGAGCCAAGAAGAAAUGGGAGCAAGUAAAUCUGGAGGUUGAGAGAAGAGGAAAAAUGAGAAAAGAGAAAAGUGCCAGAUAUCAUCUGAUUUACAAUCAAAAAUGAAAAUUCAAAGAAUGAGAUAUUUCAAGUACUCCAUACUAUAUACUGGGUAGCCAAAGAUGAUAAAAUGCAGAUUCUGAAAAUAAGAUGCAGGAAGUACAUUGUGCUCUUUCAAAACUGAUAAAAAUGCAAAUUACAAACAGCUGCCUGUGUAUUUAUAUAGGUCUGGAAUUCAUUCAAUGCAUUGCCACAAACAUUUAAUAAAAUUUAAAAGUUUGACAAUUAAAAUCAUUCUUUAAUUGUAAGCUAAGUUAGAUUGCACAGACUGAGAAAUGAAACUGUGUCUUUGAUCUCUGUUUUGCAACAUUCUUUACAGAAGAAACCUCACAUUUUCUUUCUUUACCUAGAUUUUAAGCUGGGCCCUCAGUGUUAAUAACAGAUAAAGUGCAAACAAAUUCAAUGAAGUCUCAGGGUUACAGUUUGGUGAUGGGUAUGUUAGAGGAAUUACAAUAGAUAUACACUUGGAUGUGUUGUAAAAAGAAAAAAAAAUAUUGGUUUAUUAUGCAGGGGAGUGCUGAACAAUGUCUUUUAAUUGGCAACUACAAAAUCUACCUGCUGAGAUGUGUGAGAUUCAAAGCUGAAAAAUAAACAUUUUCUUACCAAGAACAGAAAAAUUAUAUGAAUAUAUUAAAGAAAAGGAUUUGUAAAAGAAAAAAAAAAGUGAGUUAACAAUGUGAUGUCUCAAAAGUAUGGGAGAUUUUAAGGCUUUAAGUAACUCUAGAAGUAUAAAUGCUUAUAAUUGAAAGAGAGACAUCAUUUGAAAUCUUAUUUCCAUUUUCUUUUGCAUUUGUUUAGAAUAAUAAAUUUUUAAUUAAUUUAAAAAAAUUCAUCUGCAGAAUGACUGAAACAAGAACUUAAAAUUGAGAAUUUAUUCUUCAAA